GUGAAAGAAGGCACCAAGGGGCAAAGUAUCAGGCGAGCCCCGGGAGAAGACCGAGGGCAGGGGGAUCGGAAUGGCGACGGUCACCAAUUUUUGCAUUCUAAGCUCACCCAAGACAAAGCAGGCGUCCUUGGCUCCGACGGCGACAAUUCUUCCCUCCCUUCCUGCUGCCACCGCCGCCUUCCCCGCGAAGGCGUCCUGGGGAAUCCGACGGGUGUGCGGUAAGCCCAACCUCAGGGAGCGGGAGCUCCACAGUGGCCCCAGGAGGGUGUCGGUGGUGACGAGGGCAGUUAGGAAGCUAGAAGAAUCGGAAACCAUAUCAAUAGAGGCGGAGUCCACCGGGCAGGUCCCCUCGCUGUCGGGUGUUUACGCGGUUUACGACAAUGAAGGUACACUUCAGUUCAUCGGGAUAUCGAGGAACAUCGCCGCCAGCGUUUCCACCCAUCUGAAAACCGUUCGUCACCUCUGCAGCUCCGUUAAGGUUGGCAUAUUGGAGGAUCCAGAUCGAUCAGCCCUAGUUGAUGCAUGGAAGUCGUGGAUGGAAGAACACAUUGCAGAAACAGGGAAUGUCCCACCAGGAAAUGAAUCAGGCAACUCGACAUGGGUGCGCCAACCCGCUAAAGCCAAACCCGACCUCAGGCUGACACCAGGUCAUGGAAAACAAUUGACAGUGCCGCUGGAGGAGUUGAUCGACAAACUGGUCAAGGAGAUAGAGGUGGUGGUGUUCAUCAAAGGAUCGAGGAAUGCUCCUCAAUGUGGUUUCUCACAGAGGGUGCUUGGAAUUCUCAACUCUCAUGGCGUUGAUUAUGAGAGCGUCAAUGUUCUUGAUGAAGAAUACAACUUUGGACUAAGGGAGGCGCUCAAAGAGUACAGCAACUGGCCCACCUUCCCACAGAUCUUUGUGAGGGGUGAGUUGAUUGGUGGGGCUGACAUUCUUGCCUCCAUGGAAGAAAAGGGCGAACUUGCUUCACUCUUCAAUAAAUAACAAUUUCCAGUUAUCUACUUCCAUUUCAUGUGCCACUUUUUCAGGGUGCUAUGCUGUCAUCUAUGAGUGCUCCUGCAAACGCAAACACCCCGUAAUUCAUUAUGCUUAUGGUA